GAUCGGGAGCGGGGCCGGGGCCCGGAGCGGGCGGCCAUGCCGUACGCCAACCAGCCCACCGUGCGCAUCACCGAGCUGACGGACGAGAACGUCAAGUUCAUCAUCGAGAACACGGACCUGGCGGUGGCAAAUUCCAUUCGGAGAGUGUUCAUCGCGGAAGUCCCCACCAUAGCCAUCGACUGGGUCCAGAUAGACGCCAACUCCUCCGUGCUCCACGAUGAGUUCAUUGCGCACAGGCUGGGCCUCAUCCCUCUCACCAGCGAUGACAUUGUGGAUAAGAUGCAAUAUUCCAGAGACUGCACGUGUGACGAGUUCUGCCCCGAGUGCUCCGUGGAGUUCACCCUGGACGUUCGCUGCAACGAGGACCAGACGCGCCACGUCACGUCCCGCGACCUCAUCUCCAACAACCCCCGGGUCAUUCCGGUGACAUCUCGGAGCAGAGACAACGACCCCAAUGACUAUGUGGAGCAGGAUGACAUCCUCAUCGUGAAGCUGCGGAAGGGCCAGGAGCUCCGGCUGCGAGCCUACGCCAAGAAGGGCUUCGGGAAGGAGCACGCCAAGUGGAACCCCACGGCGGGCGUGGCCUUCGAGUACGACCCGGACAACGCGCUGAGGCACACGGUGUACCCCAAACCCGAGGAGUGGCCCAAGAGUGAGUACUCGGAGAUCGACGACGAGGAUGCUCAGGCUCCCUAUGACCCCAACGGGAAGCCAGAGAGGUUCUAUUACAAUGUGGAGUCCUGUGGUUCUCUGCGCCCCGAGACCAUCGUCCUGUCCGCACUGUCUGGCCUGAAGAAGAAACUGAGCGACCUCCAGACCCAGCUGAGCCACGAGAUUCAGAGCGACGUCCUCACCAUUAACUGAGGGGGCCCCUUGC